CAACUUUUUGAGUUCAGGGUCAUUAUGUGAUACAAAAUAUAAAACUUUGAGUGUACAUAAUACGAUAUGCAAACAAUUCAGCCUACUGAGAAUCAAACUCUAAAAAUUGAACUCAAUCAGAACAAUGGGAAAUUCAUCAGAAUCAGUAUCUCUGAACAAAGAAAUAAUAAGUUCAAGUUUGUGUUAUGUAAAUGAAACAAUUGAUGGGUUAUCAUAUGCCCCAGCUAAAUUUAUUUGCAAUGACAGAUCGCUAACGAAUAUCGAUGCACUGAAGGGAUUCAUAUUUCUGCGCUAUAUUAACAUAGGAUUCAAUCGUAUAACUAAUUUAAGACCAUUAUAUGGCUUAGCCAAUCUCAUUGUAUUAAGAGCAUCAUAUAAUGAAAUAGAAGAAUUUCCUUGUGGAAAUUGGCCUACGUUAACACAUUUAGAUUUAAGAAAUAAUCGUAUUAAAAGGCUAACAACUGUAAAUUACCCAAGAUUAUUGGUUCUAUUCCUUGACAAUAAUCAGUUACGUAAAUUGACCAGUCAAACUGAUGGGUCAUGUUAUUUAAGUGAUUAUAGUGUACCGAAAUUGCAUACUCUCGGAUUAUCACACAAUUUAAUUGAGGUAGAAGAUACUUUAAUAAAUGAUUCCAAUAUCAAUAUAGCAAUUGGAUUAGAAUUGAAAAAUUUAAAAGCAUUAUAUCUUGGUUACAACAAAUUAAUUAGUUUUGGAAAUUAUAAAUUAAAAAGUGAAAAUGUACAAAAUUCACUAAAUGAAUUAAAAUACAAUACUGAUAAUCAAAAAGAGCAAAGUUAUAAUCACAAUUCCCUAAUUGGAUAUCUCCCAAAUUUAUCUGUUUUACACAUAAGAAGUAGUGGAUUAAUCAAUCUGGAUGGAAUAACACCUGAAUGUUUACCAAGAUUAGAGUAUUUAAAUGUUAGAGAAAAUCAAAUCGGCAGUUUAGAAGAAAUAAAAAAGCUAACCAGCCUCCAGCGUUUACGUACAGUGAUUUUAACAGAUAAUCCAGUUUAUGAUGUCAAAGAUUACCGAUUAGAAGUUCGCGUUUGUCUGGUCAAUUUAAGGCGACUUGAUAAAGAUAUCUAUACGAUGGAAGAAAAUGAAGAGGCGGAUGAAUUAGCUAUUCAAAGAAUGCAACCAACCUGAUUUUUCAGACGUAAGUUAUUCAAAAAGUUGGGAUAUGAUUAAAGGCUGGUAAACCUUACGUACAUAAACCAUAAUGCUUACUCCUACAGUACUGUUAUAACCUGACAUGUUCACAUGGCCGCAAACCCUACACUGUUAUCAAAGCAUUUAAAAGUAUGGGAAAGACCCGAACUUUAUUAACACAAAGAAUGAGACAAGUACGCUACACAGAGGACAAGAUAAGUCGCGACACGUCUAGUAUUAGUGUCUAUUGAACAAUCUAAAGAAUGUCAUACGUGUUACACUUAACUGACAACACAAAAUGUGAUCUCAGGUUAAUGACAAACACUAUCUCCCUUAUUUAUUUAUUUCAACACAUAAAUGUUGGUACAAUGAAGCACCAGAUAA